GGACCCCCCAUUUCUGUGGGGCUGGGGCUGCCCUCCUUCAAACCGGGGCUGGCCGAGCAGUCGCUGAUGAAGAGCGCCAUCAAGACGUCGGAGGAGUCGUGGAUCGAGCAGCAGAUGUUGGAGGACAAGAAACGCGCCACCGACUGGGAGGCCACCAAUGAGGCCAUCGAGGAGCAGGUGGCCCGCGAGUCCUACCUGCAGUGGCUGCGCGACCAGGAGAAACAGGCGCGCCAGCCACACAAGGCCAGCGCCACGUGCAGUUCGGCCACAGCAGCAGCGGCCAGUGGCCUGGAGGAGUGGAGUGACCACUCACCCCAGUGUCCCUCCUGUGUCCCUGUGCAAACCCAUUCCUAUAACAAAACAAGGACCGAUUUUAAUUUGGGGAGGGUCCCUAAACCCCAAAUUUGUCCCCUCCCCCCUGCAGGGACCAGCAGCCAGCUGGGGGCAGGGGGGGGCCGGGCCACCCCCCCGCUGGUGUCCCUGUACCCCGCGCUGGAAUGUCGCGCCCUCAUGCAACAAAUGUCCCCAACCGCCUUCGGCCUGAACGACUGGGAGGACGACGAGAUCCUGGCGUCGGUGCUGGCGGUGUCGCAGCAGGAGUACCUGGAGACCAUGAAAACCUCGCGCCACAGAGACCCCGCCGCCGACAAAAGUUGAUAUUGAACCCCCGGACUGCGACCC